GCUAGAGCCAUAGUGAUCCCUUUCCAUGGCUUUCAGAGUACUUGUGCUGCUGCUUCUCUCGAGCCUGCUGGCUCACAGCAUUGGCUUAGGGAUGGCACAGUCCUACGACCCUUGCGAAGAUCUAAACGACUACCAGUACAAGCCAUCCGAGCAGCUGCCCAAUGGCCGUGGGAAUUUCCCCGAGGGCUUCGUGUUUGGCUCAGCCACAGCUGCUUAUCAGGUCGAGGGUGCUGCUAAUGAGUAUGGCAGAGGCCCUAGUAUUUGGGAUAGAUUCGCUCAUGAGUUUCCAGGUCUGUAA